AUGAUCUCCCUCAAUUGGAUGAGGACCACCUACCAACCUUCGUUAAGUAGGUAUCUAAUAUUACUGAUUGGGACGUUUUCAUUCACAACCGUUUGUCUCACUUCUUUCUUCUUACCUUCUUCUAUUUACUCGUCCCGAUCACAAGAUAUAUCACGAAUAACCAAGCAUAGAAUAACGAUAGUACAACACCUCGCUCCUAGGGACGAUGGACUUACUCCAGAUGAAUUGAAAGAAUUGAGUAGAAGAAGUCAUGAAGCCUAUUGUGAAUAUCAUGGGUAUAACUAUAGACUUGACAGAUCAGAAUAUUUCACCACUGAACAAACGUCUGAGGAAGGAGAAUUGCCUGGUUUCAACACACAUAACAAUAAGUUGAUAGUCCUGCAUCGUGCGGUAGCGGAUGAAUUGGCAAAAGGUGAAGAAGGAUCGGAAUGGGUCGCACAAAUGGACGCAGACGUUCUCGUAAUCGAUCCUUUAAUACCACUUCAUCUACUCCUCCCACCUCCAUCCCAAUCCCCAUCCCCAAUUAUCUUAGCCAAUCAAGAUUUUAACGGGUUCAAUAACGGUGUCACCCUUUAUCGAGUCACACCUCUCCUACUGGUUUUCAUCUCACAGUGUAUUGCUCUCGAAGCGGAACUCUGGGCAACCGAGCAAGUUCACGCUACCGAUCAAGCUUUGUUAGCAAGGGGAAUUCAAAGACAUCCGGAGAUAAUCGAGAGAUUUUAUACCAUCCCUCAAAUAUGGAUGAACGACUAUGUGAUCCAGGGUGCAGAACCUUCGGGGGAAGAGUGGGAGCCAAGAGUACAAUAUCAUCUAGUCGCUUGGACUAAAUGGGCGGAAGGGGUAAAUUGGGAUGAGAUAUAUGAAACGGCUCAAAAGAGAUAUCCUCCUCGUAGAGAAACGGAAAGAGCAUGGUGGGAGAGUUUAUGGUAUUGGGGAGAUUACACGACUAGAGAGAUAGAAGUGGUGAAAGCGGAGAAUGUAGCGAAAGAGAUGGAAGAGAAGACCAGGGAGUAUGCUGAGAGAUGGUGGAGCACUAAGGCCAAGGCAGGGAUUGAGGGAAUGGUAUUCACAAUGAUUUGA